GCGGCUCCGGCGCGGCGGGCGGCGUUCGCGGCACCCCCGCGCGCAUCGUGCACUGGGGGCGACGCGUCGCCACCGUCGGAGUGUCGUCGGCGUCCUCGGAGCCCACCUCCUCCAGCAUCGCGGCAUCUCUGAAGCCACUUCUCUGGGGAAGCUUUUUUGCACUCACACAUAAUCAUGCUGCGCACUCUGAGCUGGAACACUGCCUAGGCUAUAAAUCCGCAACCUGGAACGCCGCUCGUUCUGCCUCGUGCAGCUCUGCGACAUCAGUAACGGUGCCCAUGCUGCAAAAGAACCAGUCUGCUCUGCUACAGGUAGCGCUGAAAGACGACCGCGGGACACCUGCUGCUCACCCUGUUUCUCGCGACGGGCUACAGGCUCCAGCGUGCGAGCGCUGCCAGAGAGUGAAUUGGAAAGCAGUAUCGCCCAUCCCGUAGGGAAAUAUUGGCGGCACCCGAGUGAAGGCGCCGCCACGAAUGAGGAGUGGGCUGGUCCACGGCCUAGGGGUCCUCGGUGAGGCUGCAGCGCUAAUGCAGCCGCUCGAGUGCACAGCGCCUAGAGCGCUGCAACCUGAACGAACGCAACUAGAGGAAAACGAUCUCGCGGUGGCUGCGCGCUUAUUUCACGCGUAUACC